AUGGAAUUGACUCAUUUACUAUGUUUGUUGACAUCAUUUGUCACUGUAAUUAACGCAUGGUCCCCUACAAACAGUUAUGCCCCAGGUAAAAUAGAUUGUCCUGCAAAUUCUUCAUUAACUAGAGAUGCAAAUGAAAUUUCCCCAUGGGAAAAAGAUUGGCUUGAAGGUAGAGAUCAAGUAUCUAAAGAAAAUUUAAUUGAAUUUUUAAAUCAUGCAAAUAUGACUGAUUUUGAUGCUGAAUCUUAUCUUAAUGGAUUAGAUCGUUCUAUUAAAAUCGGGAUUGCCUUUUCUGGUGGUGGUUAUAGAGCAAUGUUGAAUGGUGCUGGUCAAAUGGCUGCAUUAGAUAAUAGAACUAGAGGUGCUUGGGAACAUGGUUUAGGUGGUUUAUUGCAAGCUUCUACUUAUCUUGUUGGUUUAAGUGGUGGUAAUUGGCUUGUGGGUUCAAUUGUUAUGAAUAAUUGGACUUCAGUACAAGAUAUUUUGGAUAAAAAUGAAAUUUGGGAUAUUUCUCAUUCAAUUAUGAAUCCAGGUGGUUGGAAAGUUACUAAAACUUAUGAAUAUUAUAAAGGAAUUUCUGAUUCUUUAGAUGAAAAAAGAGAUGCUGGUUUUGAUGUUAGUAUUACUGAUACUUGGGGAAGAGCUCUUUCUUAUCAAUUUUUUAGUACUUUAAAUGAUACUGGUAAUGCUUUAACUUGGUCUACUUUACAAGAUGUUGAUGUUUUCCAAAAUUAUGAAAUGCCAUUCCCAAUUGUUGUUGCUGAUGGUAGAACUCCUGGUACUUAUAUCAUCAGUGCCAAUUCUACUGUUUUUGAAUUUAAUCCUUUUGAAAUGGGUUCUUGGGAUCCAUCUGUUUAUCAAUUUUCUCAAGUUAAAUAUUUGGGUACCGAAGUCACCGAUGGUGUUCCAAAUGAUGGAUGUAUUGGUGGAUUUGAUAACGCUGGUUUUAUCAUGGGUACUUCUUCUUCAUUAUUUAAUCAAUUUAUUUUACAAAUCAACACCACUUCAUUGUCAUCUAUCCUUAAAUCACUUGUUACUUCUAUUUUAUCUGAGAUUUCUGAUGAUGAUAAUGAUAUUGCUGUUUAUAAACCAAAUCCAUUUGAACAUAAUGACGUUGGUUGGUCACAAUCUAUUUCAAAUAAUGAUACUUUAUAUCUUUGUGAUGGUGGUGAAGAUUUACAAAAUGUUCCACUUUAUCCUUUGAUUCAAGAACAACGUGAUGUUGAUGUUAUUUUUGCUUAUGAUAACUCAGCUGAUACUAAUCAAUAUUGGCCAAAUGGUGCUUCAUUAGUUGCUACUUUUCAAAGACAAUUCACUAAUCAAAGUAAUGGUACUCAUUUCCCAUAUGUUCCUGAUGUUAAUUCAUUUGUUAAUUUGAAUUUAACUUCAAAACCAACUUUCUUUGGUUGUGAUGCUAGUAAUUUAACUUCAUUAACUCAAAAUAGAACCAGUGUUUAUGAUAUUCCAUUGAUUGUUUAUACUGCCAAUCGUCCAUUCAGUUAUUGGUCAAAUACUUCUACAUUCCAAAUGAAAUAUGAAACUGAUGAACGUAAUUCAAUUAUUCAAAAUGGUUUUGAAGUUGCUUCAAGAUUAAAUGGUACUUUAGAUGAUGAAUGGAAUGCAUGUGUUGGUUGUGCUAUUAUUAGAAGACAACAAGAAAGAGAUGGUGUUGAACAAUCUGAUCAAUGUAAACAAUGUUUCCAAAGAUAUUGUUGGGAUGGUAGUUUAUCCAAUGAAGAUUCAAUUAAUAUUAAUUUCACUACUGAUGGUGUUACAAAUGAUACUGAAACAAUGAGUGUUAAUAUUGGUUCUAUCUCAACUACAAGUUGGUCAGUAUGGGGUGUAUUAAUGGCCACUUUGGCAACAUUUUUAUUAGGUUAA